UUAUAUGAUGAUAUCAGUCAACCAGUCGCGUCUAGUAAAAAGUGCAGCAAACGACCGAUAUUUGUAGGCGUAGAUUAGAAUGGCAGCGAUUGAGAAGAAACAAGUAUAGCUCACCAAAAAAACGAAGAUAAGAGAAAUAGAGGUGCAAAAGCUGCAACGAUAAUCCUUACGGUUAGAACGCUUGAAAGGCAAGAUGAUUUGGCAGUGGAAGAUUUUAUACAGGAUAUACGAGAUGCGAGGAUACAAUGCAACGAUAAGCACAUGCUAUUGAAAUUGAUACUAUCAAAAAUGAUAACUGGACAUGAAGAAAGUUCGAUCAAGAAAAAACAGCUACGAAAACUUACAUUAACGGUAUUAAACAUGAAAUUGGUACAAUCCUGAAAGCAAACGAACUAGCUACGAUGAAGAGCAAUAUAGACCGA